AUGUUGUGCGGUGCGCGGCUCGACUGCGGGACGAUAGUUCCUGGGUCGGCCAAUGUGCGCGGUCUUGGCGCUGCUACGGUCUUUUGGAGCACUUUGGAGCAUUUGGGACGUGAGGAGCAAGGAAGGACUUGGUGCAUGGACGCAGCUCAACUGGACACACAAAGGAAGAAGGAGGAAGUCAUCUUGAAGACCAGCUCGACCACCUACUCGACCAUCCGGUCGAGUUCCUCAACUCGACCGGCCAAGCUUCAACUCGAUCGAGCUGAGAAGUCAACAGUCAAACCCGAAAAAUGUUGCUUCCCCCUUGACUUCCUUUGA